CAUACACUAGUGAGUAUUAAUGAUGUUUCACAUUUCUAAAAAUUGACAAUAAAUACCAAACCGACUUUGGUUAUAAGUAUCAAUCAAUCUAAAGCUUUUGUUCAAGCAACAGUCGCAGACAAUCAACCUCAAACACUUCAAUAUGUUCAAAUACGCCGUUGUUCUCUUCGCCCUCAUCGCCUGUGCUGCCGCCAAACCUCAUAUCCUUUCUGCCGCUCCUUUGGCCUAUGCUGCUCCCGUUGUGACCGCUACCAGCAGCCAAGUGAUCGCCCGCAACUACAAUGGCAUCGCCGCUGCUCCAAUUAUUGCCGCCGCCCCAGUAGCCGCUCCUGUUGUUGCCCGUUAUGCCGCCGCUGCUCCUCUGGCCGCUCCAUUGGUAUCUGCCCACUACGCUGCCGCUCCUUUGGCUGCUCCAGUUGUCUCUCACUAACGAAUUAAUAAAUUUAACUUAAAUAUUUAA